GCUGACAAGCCUCCGAGCCGCCUGUAGGCGGUGGGAGUCUCAGCCGAAGACAGCGCCUAGCUCAGGUGUACCGAGUAGACUGGCGAGGGCGACUUCUCCAGCCGCUGCGCUCCCGGCUCCAGCCAUGCUGCCCGCCGUUGUCCGAAGGUGGCUGCACAGACCUAAGCGUUCUGAUCCAAGACUGCUGUCACAGUUUUUCUAUGCUGAUGAACGAGUGACUCAAGUGGUAACAGAAAUUAACUGCCUGGAUGUAGAGACUGAUCCCCAACAGUAUCUGACACUGUUAAACCAGUUGCAUCUUAGUCAGGCUGAAUUACUGGCUAUCAUAGAACAGAUCAUGGAGGAAUGUAUCCCCAAGGAACGUCAUGGCCGUGACUAUGUCAUCAAAUUCCCUGAAGACCUUCUAGUGGACAACCUACGGAACCAUAUGUUAUUUGCUGCUGAGUGUCUUAUGGCACGCACCUACAUUGAUGUGGAGGAGGCAGAUGGAGUACGGCUGCGUCCUCUGGCCAAAGAUUUGCUAUGCAGCUUAGAGGUGGUGCGGAUGGUUCUCCGAGAGCAAAGCUUAAACCAACCUGGACCUUAUUCAGAGACUAUCCGGAGAGCAUUAAUCCGCUUUGAUGUGCUUUUUGCUGAGUUUGAACUGAGCUAUGUGUCGUCUUUAGUUUCUGUUAAAUCCCCUGAAGAGAUCUACAGGCAGCAGGAGAUUGUUGUGCUCUUCUGUGAAACAGUGGCUAGAGCUUUGAAACUUGGCUACUUGACUCAGGAGAUGAUUGAUGGAUAUGAACCCCAGCUGAUGUUCACCAUUCCCCGCCUAGCUAUUAUUAGUGGCCUUCUGAUCUAUCCAGAUGGACCCCUCAAUUUGGAGAGGAGACCAGAGGAGAUUUCUCGAGUCUUCAGCCCUUUUUAUGUCUUGCUUAGAAAAAUCAGGGAUUUGCUGCGUGUGCUUUCCAAGGAGGAGCUGUACAAGCUGGAGAAACGUGUGCUGAAUGAAUGCACUGCAGAUUCACAGCCCUGCAGUAAUAGGGACUCUCCAGACCUCCAGGGCUUUGCAUCUCAGUGUGCCUGCCCAUCUGUACCAAGGCCUUUUGUGCAGGAAUCUGAUAGUGCUCAGAGAGGAAUGUUCACAGGUAUUCCACUGAACUCUCGAGGGUUGGAAUUACGAGGCCGUUACCGCAAUAUAGAGGACAUGAUUCACACAUUAUUUGUCUGUAUUUCUGGAGUGGCAGACCAGCUCCAAACUAAUUUUGCAAGUGACCUGCGCAGCAUUCUGAAGAGUGUCUUUAAAAUUGUGACCUCCCAAGUGGAAGAAUUGGAGGUAACAGACACUGGACAGUUGGAUCUCUGUAUGGCACCAACAGCGCCUUUCUUGACAGACUGUGCUCUCUGCUCCAGCAGCAGGGAAGGUGUGAGGAGAGAAGAUACUUCGGUGCCGCCAGACUGGGUACCAGACAGCACCUCUAGCCACUGUAUGGCUUGCCAUGUGCCUUUCACUUUUCUUCGGCGACGGCACCACUGCCGGAGUUGUGGGAAGAUCUUCUGCUCUCGUUGCUCAUCCCACUUGGCAGCACUACCCCAUUUUAGGCAUCUGAAGCCAGUCCGCAUCUGUACACACUGCUAUACUACCCACUUGCCUUCAACAAAUAAGAAUGCCAGUUGCCUGUGAGCAUCAGUUUCUGGAUGAGGGCUUUAUCAAAUUCCAUUCGUGCCUGAGGAACUCCAAGAACUGGAAGACAAUUGCAGCUUGUCUCACCAGCAAAGGAUUAUGGGAGCAAUCACACUUGUCUUACUAGGAUUCUCCAGGGAGUGAAACAAAAGGCUUUUGGUUGUCAAGCAAGAGUUGGGUUGGAGGAAGAAGCACCAUGUUCUUAAAAGGGGAAAUGAACUCUUGCAUUUUUAUAAUAAAGAACUUGGGAUUUGUGGGGUGGGAACUAGAAUCUAUCAUUAAAGAAGUCUGAACAAACUCUUCUAUGUGCUAAUAAAGCUGGCUUUUUCUAUAAUGGAAUAAUGGCCCAUGUAGAAAUUACUUGGUGCUAUUUACCUGACUUCUGGUAAAACUUAAGAAUGAUGUAUAGUCUUAUGGUUAGUUUUUAACCAAAAAAUGAGAUUGUGUUACCAGAUUUGGAUGCAUGUGCAAUAAGGGCUUUCGGAUACUUCUGGUUGGAAUGGAAAGGCAGGACCUGGAUUUCCAACAAUAAUUUGUGGAGAACAGCCAUGAGCUUUUGCUCUUCAGCUCUUGAUGUGCAUAAGGGCUGCAACACUGUUCGUAUGCAAUGUAUACUUGUAAACUCUUCUGCCACACUGCGGGAGAUGCUUUGGAAACCUACAGUACCUGGGAUUCAUACAACUCUUUCUGAAAUGACUUAUGAGCUAGUUACCUGCAAACCUGGCUACACUAAAAGAUUCAUUCUCUCUCUCUCUCUCCCUCUCCCCCUCCCUCCCUCUCUCUCUAUCUACUUAUCAUAUCCAUCCAUCCCAAAAGAAGGCAAUGCAAAUCAUUUCCAUACUGCUGCCAAGAAAACUGCAUAAAAUCAAGUCUGACUUGAAUAAACUAAUUUUUUACUUGAAAAAUGCUGUCUGUUGCUAUUGCCAUUUUGUGUAUUCUGAAUUCAAAAUAAUUGUUUUUUUCUGGAUUUAGCUGUUUGGUUGCUAUUGGGUGUUGACAGACAGAAUCUGCUGCUGCAAAUACAGACUCUACAAAUCUU